AUGGUAGCCUGUCAGAAAUUGUCUAACUCUCAAUUAGGAGGAAAUCCUUUGAAUCCACAAUCUAACAGUUGUAAGUUUGCAUCAACUAUUCCAACCAGUCCAACCAGUUUCCAGCAGAUCAGCCUGAAAACCGGAAACAUUCGGUCUGAAUAUCCCUGGACUAUCGGCGGGAAAAGGAUAGCUAAGAAGUGUUAUAGACGUCUUGAAAAAAUACCGAGAAAGAAAAUCCGUCAAAUUUUACCAAAAGUUGAAUUAACGCCUCUUCAAAUUCCAAAUACAACUAAUGGUCAGGAGGCUAAAAAAGCUGGUGGAAGAGUCCAACUCAGUGAAGGAGGAGGGGUUGUCGGAGGUGUUGGAGGUGUUGGUCCUGGAAACCAAGUAAUGAUCCCCGUCACCUUGUCCACCACAUGUAAAUCUUGCAGAAAGAUGAUAACAGCAUCAAGUUUAGCAGAAUAUAAGCAACACUCCUGUAUGCAACUCAAGGACAAGUCGUUAGAAUGUAAAAUCAGUGAUUGUGGUAGAAAAUUUUUUGGAGAAAAUUCGCUUAAAUUUCACCAAAAAUUUGCGCAUUUUCGAAAACAAGAUGGUAACUUGGACAUAUUUUCCAUUGCUGCCAGCCAACUAGUCGAUGACAAUUUUGAUAGCAAAGGACCUCAGUUGACCAUUAACCAGCAGGAACAGCAGUUGUCAGAUGGCCAGGAAAACAGCUUGCUCUCAAGCUUUGAGUGUGGGGUGGGAGAAAGUUUGGUUUUGGAAACAAUGGUUUCAGUUCAAACAUCCAUGGGACAACAACAAUACUUACAGCAACCACCUCAUCCUGACCAAGAACAAGGAUCUCAUCAACCAGAGCAUGUUCAAGCACAACAACUCCAACAUCUGGACAAAAAUCAAACAGAUCUAAAUCAGCUUAAAAUGCAGCAUGAUCAACAACGUCAAGGAGAGCAACAAGUUUCAUAUUCAUCUUAUUCAAAAUCUUCACCACUAGAAAAACUACAUGAACAGUCUGAAAAGAAAACAGAUGAAAAGUUAAUGCUUCAGCAUUCCGAACCAGGGCAUCUUGUUAAACAACAGGUACAGGAUCAACAACAUCAAGAGCAUCAAGACGCAGAACUACCUGUUCACAAGUUAUGUCAAGGCGAAGGAUUAAGAAGUUUAACUGUGAGUAGAUCUAUUCUCGGAGCUGCUCUUCUGAACAGCAUUCAGCAGCAAGAAACUGCUUUGCAAGAUCAAGGAGAUCAAGAAAGCUUCAGAUACCAACAGAACAGCAGCUCUUUAAAUAACAGAAAUAAAGAAAUGGGACAUAGAAGUGAGCCAACAAAUUUACAAGAUUCUUUGAAAGACGAUCUUCAAGAUCAUGAACAUUUCGUGUUGUCAGCUGAGUUAGUAAAUGAGCCAUCCAAGCAGCAUGAUGCUGAUAAUGCUGAAAAGAUUGCUGAUGAACAAGAACUGUCUUCUUAUUUUCUUCCUGACCAGUUACACAGGGAGCCUACCCUUAUUUCUAGACCCAAGGUUAGAUACUUUAAGAAAGUUGGAUAA